UUGGAAAACGCUUUUGCUGAUGACGUUUUAUCGGCUUCUCCCGGUUCUCUGGUUGCUGGUUGCUGGCUUUGCUCGAUGGGGUAGCUCGGGUAUCGCGAAGGACAAGCUGGCUUAGAGCAGCUACAUAGUCGGACAGCCAGAGGUAUAAACACCUCGCUAGUCAGUCACCUGUACACCUUGACUUUCUCAUAGCCAGAGCAAUACCUCCGUUGUGGGGAAUGGAGGACAGGUUACUUCGACAAUGGAACGACUGGUUUCCCGCAUCAGCUGUUGAUCUGAGCCCUAGCGACCUUGCGCUCUAUAGUGGUGAAGAUCAGACCCGACCGAUAUACCUCGGCAUCGACGGGGAGGUUUUCGAUGUGACAUCAUCGAAAAGGAUGUACGGACCGGGCGGUGCCUACCAUUGCUUUGCUGGGAGAGAUGCAGCUCGAGCAUUCGUCACAGGCUGUUUCGAAACGCAUCUAACGCAUGAUCUGAGGGGUCUCUCGCCCACAGAUCUUGAGGGCUUAGCUGCAUGGAAGACUUUCUUUCGUACGCAUCGGAAGUACCGAAGGGUUGGUAGGGUAAAAAAUCCGACCAUCCAUGCGGACACCCCCAUCCCGAAACCUUGCAAGCCCGUUGUUCCGGUGGACGUAGCUAAUACACAAAGGCCACUGCCGGUCGUUCAAACCCAAUGACCAGAACCGGAUUAGGAUAUAGGAUAAAAGACAAGCUAGAACCCAUAUUUCGUGCCCGCCUCCCUCUUGUUCCGUUUGUUCUCGGCGAUACGAUCUUCGAGCGCUCGU